UGACUCAUUAUUUUUGUCUGCAUCCAUACAAUCUACUUGCUUUGGCCUAAUGUCGCCUUGCAUGUCAACUUGUGACAGGCCUAUACUUACAGAAUGGGGAACACCCACCCAGUUCCCAUUUCACUUCCUUAAGAAAAACUGGGUUUCCCCCUCCUGUCAUCAUCCAAAUACGUCUCAAAACGUUAUUUCCUCACUCUCAGUUCAAGUCUUCGGGACAGUGUGCGGUUGGAAAUUCGUCAGUUUCUCUAUUUUUAAACAGAUUAAGAUAUGUUUCGGCGAACAAUGAGAGACAAGACAUGUGUACUAAUUUUGGCGCUCCUGACCGCUGUGUUGUUUUCAGUGGAGGGAACAGGAGCGGAAGGAGGAAUGGCAAAAGAGUUUGACGCUAGAUGUAGCAUGCCGAACAACAGGGUACAGGAUGAUAACAAAUGGCCGAUAGUCGUGGGUUUCCAGAGUCCUCUGUUAAACCCAGAAGGAAAAAACUUCACUGGAAGACCAGACCACGACACCCUCAAGUAUUCCAAAGUCAUGCUGAACGACACAUGUAAGGCAACUGUUUACAUCAUGGUAGAAUCAGCCUACAUAACUCAGGAAUGGCCGAAGGGUGUCACACCGGAGUUUUCCUGGAGCUGUGCGGUGCAGAAGACCACGGGCACGCAGCUUCCUCAUGUCGACGUCAUUUUUAACAGUACAAGGGCAGAUAUGAAGAAGUACCCAGGGCUAAAGGAGGAGUGGUACACGGAAGGAAAGGGGUCCGACCGCCGCAUCCUCAUCGUCAUGACGUUUCCGCAUUUCGACACGACCGGCGCCGUGGUUCUGAACUGGACAUGUAAGGCCGAAGUGGAGUCCGAAACUCCUGGAUUUGCGCUGGGCAUUCAAGGGGCUAACCUCAUUGUGUACCCCAUAGGAUGCCCCAAGGGCAAAUAUGGCGGUGAGUGUGAGUACAACUGCUCAUGUCCCAACAACGCCACCUGUCAUACAUUCAACGGUGCCUGCAAGUGCCCGGAUGGGUGGGAGGGCAAGUUCUGCGAGAACAAAAUCCCUGUAGCUGGAUCUAAUGCGGCGACCAUAGUCUUGAGCGUUCUGCUUCUUCUGCUGGUGGUGGCCGGGCUAGCGUGGUUCUGGAAGAGAAGAACGGACAGAGGGACGUACAAGCAGAUGUUUGAAGACAUAUAGGAUGGCCCCAAAACGUCCGCCAUCUUUGUUUUAGAUGUUAGAGCCCCCCGCUCCCCCACCCC